AUGCGUGCACAGAUUGCAACAUUAACCUUGCAACUUGCCAAGCUGCAGACAAACCCUCCUGUGGCAACCCCCUCGGUUAAGAAGAAAUUCAACAAAAAAGUCAAAGUCGUCGCUGACCCUGGCACCUUUGAGGGAGAUAGAGCGCAAUUUGCCGAGUGGUGGAUCAAACUCCAGAUUUGGGUUAAGACAAAUUGGGACGCAUUUGCAGACAAUAAUCAGGAAUGCUACACCGCAGGAGUGUGGCCGACCUCAGACGAUCUCAAGAAGGAGAUUGAAAAAUAUUUCAAACCACAAGCUGAGCGUGACUGGGUGCGUCAGCAAAUCUGUUCCUUCAAACAAGGAAAUAUGAGGACGGAUGACUAUGUUACCCGGUUCCUGGCCCUCUCCAUCCAAGGAGGGCUUGGUAAUGAACAUGCAGUGGAACUACUGGAGCGCAAUGUGAACCCCCACAUUGCAGAACAGAUUUACUUGCAGGAUACAAGAAACAACAACUUGGCCCUGGCAGCUGAGGAAGUACGACAAAUUGGUAGAGCCAUAGAGCUUUACCAAAUGCACCAAGGUGGCGGGUCCACCACCAAAAACAAUGAAACCCAGAGGCACCCUGGGUCAUCAAACCAUCAAAAACAUUCUCACAGGUUCAAGCCAUUCGGGCUGCAACCAGGGCAGGGAGCCCCUAUGGAUAUUGGCGCGGUCCAAGGAGGACAGAUGCGCAGAUUCCGGGGAAACUGCUAUAAUUGCGGCCAAGAGGGACACAUGUCCCAAGGCUGCAGAAAAGGAGUGCAGGCCGCUCAGCAAAAAAAUAAUCAAAGGCGCUGUUAUGCACAAGACAAGUUCGAGGAUGUAGUUCUGAAUAGAGGGAUUCCAACGGUUGUUGGUCUUCUUCCGCGCCAGGCGCACCAAUUAGAGUCCAAGAAACCGGACAAUCGGCUCCAAACUCUGGCCGGUUGUUCGUACAACGAAAUCCGGGCCUUUUUCUAUGACCAACAGGUCAAUGAGAUGAAGGCUCAGGGAAAAAAGUUCGGAGCUUAG